AUGCCCAGUUUAGAGGCACCUAUUGGUUUCGAUGAAUCCUCGCCAGAAAACUCCUAUUCCGGCGAGGCUGAGGGUGAUGUGCCUGCCGUAGGGGAACCAAUGCAGCCGUUGCCCAUGGGCGCUGUCGAGAUACGCGUGCAACCACCAAAUCAACAACCGCCCAUGAUACGCCGACUGCCUGUGCUUAGUCCAAAUCCGGUGCGGGUGCGACCUUUGCAGCGCUUCAACUCACAGUUUGAUCGUGAAAUCGCCGCACUCGAAGAGGAGAAUUAUUGGCCUGUGGUACCGGUAGUGCAGAUAUUACCAAUAAAUUUGCCACCACAACUGCCGGAGCCAUCACUGGAUGAGUUGUUGCGCCGCGUUACCGGCCGCAAUGACUUGGAAAAUGUGGACACCGUGCGGUUACGCGUCAUCUCUUACAGCAUGAGCCUUGCGAGUUUGCCGCUCUUUUUGCCUCGCCUACAGCACCUCGAUUUGAGCGGCAGUGUGCUUUGCUCACUACGCGACCUCGGUUAUGGCUUGCUGCAUUUGAGUUACUUAAAUGUGAGUAAUUGUGGUCUAAACAGUUUCGACGGCACGAGCGGUCUGCCCGCAGUACGUGUGAUCAUCGCCGAUGGCAAUAUGAUACAACGCGUGGAUCCACUCACCGACUUACUGUUACUACAACGUCUAAGUGUGCAAAACAAUCGUAUUAGUGAUCUGGGUUUACUCACUUUCCUUGGCAUGUGCCCGAAUUUGUUGGAAUUAGAGCUGCAGGGUAAUCCAGUCAUUCACCUACCACUCUACCGCAGCACAUUACAACGCAGCAUAACCACUUUACGCCUGUUGGAUGGCAUUGCAUUGGGCGCGUUGGAAAUCGCGCAGGCUACAGUUACUAUUGAACCGGCAAGCGUUCAUUCUUCUACGGAUGGCGAGGUUUCGUCACUGUCGAGUGAGCUGUACUCAGAUUCUUCGCAUGUCGAAUCGAGUGCUUCUUCGUUGGCAAUCGCAGUAGCUUCAGCACAUCACAGACCUGCUACAGCGCCUCAGCGCGCAAACAGUGAUAGCGGUGCAAUAGAACAUCCAACAAGACCGGCUUCAGUCGCUCACGCCGUUGAACAACGUCGCAGUUCGCUUUCUCUCGGUGCCCCCGUUGUCGGUUCCGUACUCAGUUUGGCUCGUCGUAAUCGCCGUCAACGUCGUCAGGCCUGGACCGCAUCAACGCAGAGUUCUUCAUCGAGUUUGUCUGCUCACUCACCGCUGGGUAUUGAAAGUUCAGGAAUGCGUCUGCCUGCGUUACAGCAACAGUUAUCUAGUGAUAGUAAUGAUUGA